AGCAGGGAAGUGAUGCUUCACAUCUUUGUCCUUAAGUUCAGAAAACUGUGAUGAGUCCAGGGCAGGGCAGGCCAGGCCAGGGGAAGUUUCAGGAUUCAAGUCAGAUUUGGUGUGAUGGCCUAAGGAGGGAGGCUGUGAAUCUGAAAAUGCCCUCGUCCCUCUGUACGCUGUGGCUGCAAGUGCUCCAGGCCUUCCUACUCAAAGCUCAUUCAAAGGCAGUACUGCACUCUAACAACGUCCGUCCCCAGGUGACUGCAUGUUCAGGUUUGAGAAGCUGUCCCAGGAGAAUCCUAAUAGUCUGAUGCUUCUCUUGCACUUUCCUUUUAAAAGUAUGCUCCUCCUGCUCCUCCUCCUCCUCUUCCUCCUCUGUCUGCCCUCCCUUCCUGAACACCCUUCCUCAGAUCUAUACUCCUUUUCCCAAUUUACAUUCCUUACUCCAUUAAUUUUUCUCUCUCCAUCUUUGCUUUACUGUUUUAUUCUCUUGUCCGUUUUCCCUCUGCCUCCCCCCUUAUUAAUUUUUUUUUCAUUGUUCAUAUGCCAUUUUCCUCUCUGAUCUUUAUCUAAAUCCAGACCCACCCACAAUAAUUCACUGUCCCCAAUCUAUUUAACAUGUCUAUGGCAUUUACUAAUGCAAAUAUUUGCACGAAGCUGUUCUCUCUUGUGCUUAUUUUCUGCCUUCUAGAUUUUACACACACACACAUAUGUGAAUGACACAUUUCAUCAUUUAAAGUAGAAAAGUAUAUAUCUUUGUGUAAAGAAUGAUAUAAUGAAUAUCUGUACUCAAUUUAAAAAUGAGAAUAAGUGAGGGGUCCAGGAGUCUUUGUGAAUUACAAGAUCUUUCUGGUAAAGUAAGUAAUUCUGUCUGCAGUACCGUCAUACGUUUGGUUAGUUCUCAAAUUGCUUUCACUUUUACAUCAGAUCUGAUCUGAAUAGCCUGUCUGGGGAGAUGAGGUAUAUACCGUUGCUUAAAUGAAGUCAUUUAUUGAAAAGUAAAGUGAUUUUCCUCAGGUUAGAUAGCAAGUUGGUGCCCGAGGAAUUCCAGUAGAAACUCAGUCUCAACUUUCCAUCCAGCGCCCUUCCUGUGAAGUAUCCUCCCUCGGUCCGUGCCUUCUGGUCUCCCCACUGGUCACCUUCCUAAGCCUGAAAACUGUGAACAUCCAUGAGCCGCACCGCCUACACUGUGGGAGCCCUGCUUCUCCUCUUGGGGACCCUGCUGCCAGCUGCUGAAGGGAAAAAGAAUGGGUCCCAAGGUGCCAUCCCCCCACCAGACAAGGCCCAGCACAAUGACUCAGAGCAAACUCAGUCUCCCCAGCAGCCUGGCUCCAGGAACCGGGGGCGGGGCCAAGGGCGAGGCACGGCCAUGCCAGGGGAGGAGGUGCUGGAGUCCAGCCAGGAGGCCCUGCAUGUGACCGAGCGCAAAUACCUGAAGCGAGACUGGUGCAAAACCCAGCCGCUCAAGCAGACCAUCCAUGAGGAGGGCUGCAACAGCCGCACCAUCAUCAACCGCUUCUGCUACGGCCAGUGCAACUCCUUCUACAUCCCUAGGCACAUCCGAAAGGAGGAAGGCUCCUUCCAGUCCUGCUCCUUCUGCAAGCCCAAGAAAUUCACCACCAUGAUGGUCACACUCAACUGUCCUGAACUACAGCCUCCCACCAAGAAGAAGAGGGUGACGCGUGUGAAGCAGUGCCGUUGCAUCUCCAUCGAUUUGGAUUAAGCCGGGACACCCUGACUGCCCUAGGGAUGCAGCCCCAGGCAGUCCCAGAGCCAGACCUAAAACAACCUGAUUUGAACUUGGCUUAAAUCUAGAGACAAGAAGAACCACCAGCUGCCUCCUGACGGGCACCUGCUAGUGUGUAGUUUGCAAACAUGCGUGUGCAUGGGUGGCUGUGGCUGUCUGCAGACACCAGAGGAAACAUAGUCUUUGCUGGAGGGCACUUCAUAUCAUCUAAAUGAAUCUGCUUCCACAGGGGAUGGCCCAGAAAGCCCACACCACCCCAGGCAUUUUCAAAGGUGCAGGUCUGAGCUCCGGUUAUGCCUUUGUCUUCCAUGUGCCCUCCUAGGGACUUUCCCUUUAGAAUGAAUGUUGAUGGAAGAGGCCACUCUGAGGGCAGGAGACCUGUGUUAGUGCUGUACUAGACUUGGAAGGGGUAUUUCAACCUGUGCUUGCUUCCUGCCUUCCUCCUCCCUUCCAUAGUCAACCCCUUUGUAGGAUCUCAGUGACUAUUUCAAUCUAAUCUCCUGUUUGCCAAGGGUUCCAAACUAACUCACUGGACCAUGGAUGUAAAUGUUUCCCAUCUUUGGAAGACCCUUCAGACUCUAGGGGAGCUGGUGUGGACAAGGGCAAGGAGGACGGAGGAAUGAGAGAAGGGAGGGGUUGAUCUUAAGGACCACUUGGGCCCAGCAAAAUUCAUUAGGGAGAUGUGCAGGGUCUUGGAAGGCCAGCCCCAAAGCACAGUGAGACCCAUGUGUUAGCAAGUUUUCUCCUGGUAUUUAACAGAACCCAAGUGAACAGAGGAGAAAUGAAUUUGCAAAAAAUAAAAUCAUUAACGUUGGUUGUCACUCUGAUUUGCUGAAACUAGUUGGAACCCAAUUCCAAACUUAAAACAAGUACUGGCCACUUGGAGGUUAGCCCCUUCCUGCUUGGCCCCUCGGGUGGACAACAGAUGUAGCUCAGCACCCCCCACAUAGGGAUUGGAAGAGAACAGAAACCUCGUAAGCAGGAGGUGCUAAUUCCCUUUGCUUGGUUAUAAUCACCUCUUUCCCAAUUCGCUAUUUCUGGGUAAUGCUUGUGGGCGGCACAGCCUCGUUGCCAAGGGUCUGCCUCUGCUGGGUAUCCCUGACAGUGAAGAACCAGGCUCAGAGGAGAGCUUGUAGGGCCUGCUCCAUUCUAGCUGGAAGAAUCUUUAGUUGUAGCCAUUGAGAGAAGUUUGAGCUGGAAAGCAGGACAGAGUGAGGAAGUAAAGGAGGUUGCUUCUGGCUAAGGAGUAGUUUAAUGCCUGGGAGAUGUGAGGGAUAUGACCUUCCCUUCUUCCUUUGCCCCGUGAGGGCCUAGUGGGAAGCCCUGGUAAGAAAUCCGAGCAUUUGGGUUCAUUAGCUGUCAUGGUAACAUUGGUGGGAUUCAUGGAACAUUGUAACUCUUGAGAGUGUACUGGUAGAGGCUGUCCUCUGAUUAAAAUUAAACUUGGGCUACUUCUCAAUAGCUACUUAAGAUUUGUGUAAUGGCCAAAGUGUGGUGUGGGUGAACCUUACUACAUUUUGGGUUUGGCUAACCUGUUCCCUUCAAGCCUGAAGUUUUAUAUGUAAACGGCACCCCGCCCCCCAACACUUUUUUUUUUGUCUUGUAUCAUCUCAGCCUCACCACCCAAGUCAUGUGUAACAUGGGAAACCAAUACCAUAGACUCGUGUUUCAGUUGCCCAUCAAGGCUCCAGCAUUCAAAGGCCCAUUGUAACUAAAGAGGCUGUUUUUAUUUUAUUUUUGAUUUGGUUCAGUGUUCUCCCAUUUAACAACUAAACAAGAACCAUACUUUGCAGCAGAAGUUAUUUUGAACACCCAAAAUGUUGGGUCUAAUUUUAAAACUUUUAAACUCACUACUGAUGAUCCUACUACACUAGGUGAAUUUGUGCAUUUCUUAUACACUGUGUGCCCCUGCCCUAAAUCUUUCUAUCAUUCACAUCCUCCAGCAAUAAACCACAGAAUGGAUUUAAUUAAGCACACAAAUGCUCAGCCAGAAUUUUUGAGGGUGGGGGAAAGGAAGAGAAAGGGAAAGGAACUAAAAAUGUAAAACCAUACUCAAGAGGAAAAAUGACAUUCAGAACCAGCGUCACUGAAUUUCUCUUGGUUUAACUGUGCCAUCAGCAUGCAGUUGUGUUAAAAGAGGCGACUUAAGUUGGCAGCACUAAUCUUCUUUUAGUAGCUUGUACCACUUCUUGCAUGUAAGUUGAAUUUGGCUUAAGUAAAGAGAAUUUCCUCAACAUGAACUUCACUGGGAUAAUCAGCAGCAUAACUGCCCUAAAAACACAGGCUCGCUAAAGAGGGAACCCUCUGCUUUUCUUACUGUGCCUAUAUUAAACUCGCACAAGUACGGGUGUGUCUCCCAACAUUUAUUAAAAGUGCCAUAUCUGUUACUUAGUGUAUUGGAGUCACCGAUGAUGUACUGAUAUGUUUUUUCAUUACUAUAGUAGAAUUUUUUUAAGUGGCAACUAUUUGCAAUCUCGAUCUUUCCUAUUAAAAUAAUGCCAAACACCAAAUAUGAAUUUUAUGAUGUACACUUUGUGCUUGGCAUUGAAUGAGAAAAACACACAUCCUGCAAGUCUGUAAGUUGUUUUUGUUGUUGUUGUUCUUGUAGUUCUUCAAAGUUUAAAAUGUAAGUGAAAAAUCUGGAGGAAAGGAUAAUUUCCACUGUGUGGAAUGUGAAUAGUUAAACAAAAAGUUAUGGUUAUUUAAUGUAAUUAUUAAUUCAAAUCCUUUGGUCACUGUGAUUUCAAGCAUUUUUUUUCUCCUUUAUUUGACUUCCUUUGAGUUGAGCGAAGAAGAGGCGGGCACAUUGUAUGCUGUCGGAGUCUUUUAUCAGGUCAGCGGGAAAUAAGAUCUUGACACAUCUGAACAUGCAUUACAGAGUCCAGACCUGAGCUUUUAUUUUUUUUUAAUUGAAUGUUCCUUAAAGGUUAACAUUUAUGAGGCAAUAUUAAGAAUCAUUUUAAAUGUUAUUUUGGAAGACUUAUGAUGUGUGUGUACAAAUAGUGGAUAAUAAUGAAUAGUUCGCAAGUCCUUUUAAGGAGAAAAUCUAAAAUGAAAAAUGUGUGUGCAGAACAUUUAUAAGUGACAAGUUAAUGCUUAAGAGUGAAAGUAGUUCUAUUGACUUAUCAUUCUCAAGAUAUUUAAUAUCAAAUGCAUUGUGUAUUAUGUCUGCUUUAAUCAUUUAAAAACAACAGAGGGUUAUAUAGACUAUGAUUAAGGUACUUUGCUGUGUAUGCAGAGGAGAGGGAAUUUGAUAGUAUCAUGAAAGUUAAUUUGGUUUUAAGCAAAGUUUUAUGAAUCUGCAACUAGAAUGUAAUUUUACCCAAAUUAUGUUCUAUAUAACCUUUCCCAAAGAGCAAUAAAUAGAACCUCUUCUCUCUC